AUGCAAACAUUCUUCGAAGGGUAUGGGCUAGUCACAAAGUUGCAAAUCUCUGGAUGUGGCUCUACAGAUGUGGGAUACAUGUCGAUGAACCCUGGUGUGGAGGAGAAAUCUUUGCUGGAGGUAGAUCGUGAAAAGGAAUUGCUUCGAGAGAACUCUGAUUUACAGUGGAGGCUUGCAUGUGCCCAAGACAAGCUCCAAAAAUAUAAAACAGAGAACGCUUUUUUCCUUCUAUUCUGCGAAGCCAACGCCACUAACAUUACCAAACUGUUGAACCAGUAUCCAGACUUCAGCAGUUUCAACGACUACCUAACGAAAACCGGACUAGCCACUGAUAUCAGCUCGCGCCAAACGAUCACGGUCCUUGUUGUAGACAACGGCAACAUUUCCCUGUUAUCGGGGAAAUCGGAUGCUGCCAUCAAGAAGAUCUUGAGUGUUCAUGUGAUUCUUGAUUAUUAUGACGUGAAAAAAUUCGAAAACUUACCUAAUAAGACGGCACUUGUUACUACACUCUACCAAUCCAGUGGCCAGGCCACUGGUCAACAGGGAUUUCUCAAUGUGACAGAUGUGAGUAGUGGAAGUGUUGCCAUUGGUUCAGCAGAAAAGGGUGCAUCUUUAGGGGCUAAUUUAGUUAAGUCUAUUGCUUCACAGCCAUAUAAUGUAUCAGUAUUACAAAUAAGUACUGUUAUCAUCCCAUUGGGAAUUGACAACACAACCUCAAAGAAUUCGACUUCUCCUUCGCCUGCUUCUAGCCCGAAGAAGUCUCCGAGUCCUAAGAAAUCUCCCCCAAGCGAUUCUCCAUCACCCUCCAAAUCCCCCGGUUCACCUCCUGUGCCUUCUGAUGCACCGGUUGCAGAUUCACCAGCACACGAUUCCCCUAGUGAAGGCACGACUCUCCAGCUUAGUCUGUUUGUCAUGUUUAUAAUAGUAUCUUCAACUCUAUGGCUCAUAUCGACUAUAUGA